GGACCUAUUCCCUCCCCUCCUCCUCUCCUGACUCCCGCUGCCCUGCCGGAUCCUCCGCCUCCGCCUCCACCGGCACCGCCCCCGCCCCUCCGUCGGCCUCGCCGCAGCGGCCGUCCUGCUCCACUCCACCUCUCCUUUCGCCGAUUAACAUCCGACAGCCAUGGCGAAGCACCACCCAGACCUGAUCAUGUGCCGGAAGCAGCCUGGCAUCGCCAUCGGGCGUCUGUGCGAGAAGUGCGACGGCAAGUGCGUCAUCUGUGACUCAUAUGUGCGACCGUGUACACUGGUCCGUGUCUGCGACGAGUGCAACUACGGGUCCUUCCAGGGGAGGUGCGUCAUCUGCGGUGGCGUGGGCAUCUCGGAUGCCUACUACUGCAAGGAGUGCACGCAGCAGGAGAAGGACCGGGACGGGUGCCCCAAGAUCGUCAACCUCGGUAGCGCCAAGACCGACCUCUUCUAUGAGCGCAAGAAGUAUGGGUUCAAGAAGAGGUGAUGAUGUAUCACAGGAUCAGUCAGGUUCGCUUGGCCUCUUGUUGAGUAAUGCUCAUGGAUACUGGGAGUAGGAUGUUGCGGCAACGUUUGCGUUAUGUUUAUUGAUGGUGAUGGAUACCGGCUUAAAACAUGAACUGGGAUGGCCUCUUUCGUUCUCAGACGUGAACAAGAGAUUGGUAUAUGAAUUGCAGUUGAGCAUCCCUGAUGUGCUUGUGGUUCUAUGUCUGAGUAGCCACAGUUUGACUGAUCAUAUCGGCACACAAUGUACUCAUGCACCAUGAGCAUAUGUUCUGAAUUUUUGUGUUUAGAAAUUGAAGCAGAGGAGUAAGUUUGGCAAUCAGAAACGACACAUUAUCUCCUGUUAGAAAUUGUGACAUCACCAUUACUGAAUAUACACCUGAUCAGUUUCAUA